AUGGAUGGUAAUAUGGGUGAGAUGUCUGUACACAGUCAGGACAGCCGAGCCAUGCUGCACUCUCGGGAUAUCACGGCUGCCUUCCCUCGUCCUUCUCUGGGGGGCCCUUCCAUGGGCCUGGAGUCAGAACACCAGAGCCCUGGGUAUGACCACAGCAUGGCAACACUGGGGUACAGUAGGGAUGUACCAACAAGCUGUGGCAGCACAUACACCACAUUGACACCUCUUCAGCCCUUUGAUGACAAAUUCCAUCACCAUCAUCACCACCCCUGCCUGCCUGUCAGCAACGUCAUCGGUAGCUUUACUCUAAUGCGAGACGAUCGAGGUCUGGGGGGAAACUACUACACUUCGUACGGAAAAGACUUUGGUAUAGGACAGGGUCUGUCUUCUCCGCUGGGCAGUGCAGGAUUGGAGACUGCCAUGCAUGGCUAUGGUAGUCUAGGAAGUCAGAAUGGACACACUAGCCAGAUGCUUCCAGGUGGCCAUGAAGUCCAUAUGGGCAGCAAUGGGGGUAACAUCUGUCGAACAGUGGCAGACUUUGGGAGGGAGAUGUCACCACCCUCUCUGGGGGGCGAGCAUGGGGUCAGCCACCAGCUAAACAAAAUGGAUGCCCAUCAGCACACUCCCACGUACCACCCCCAUAUAUACAACCAGAGUUAUCAGCACCAUCUCCCCAGCCAACAGGCCACCAAGCUGGGGGAACACACCUCUUCCUCCCCAUCCUCUUCUGGUUCCAGCCUGGGAAGAGAUGGCAUGCUAACUGGUUCCCAGAACAGCGGAGCAGGAGAGGAGAUCAACACCAAAGAUGUGGCACAGAGAAUCAUCACAGAACUAAAGAGAUACAGCAUCCCACAGGCCAUUUUCGCUGAGAGGGUUCUGUGCAGGUCUCAGGGCACUCUGUCAGACCUGCUCAGGAACCCCAAACCUUGGGGGAAACUCAAGUCUGGCCGAGAGACCUUUAAGAGGAUGUCCCGCUGGCUACAGGAGCCAGAGUUUCAGAGGAUGGCCUCAUUGCGUCUGGAAGCUUGUAAGCGCAAGGAACACGAGCAGUCUAAGCUGGAGCGAAACCAGGGACCCAAGCGUACUCGGCUAGUCUUUACAGACCUGCAGCGUCGCACACUUUUGGCCAUUUUCAGAGAGAAUCACAGACCUACCAAAGAUCUGCAGAUUACAAUCUCCCAGCAGCUGGGCCUUGAGCUAUCCACCGUAAGCAACUUCUUCAUGAACGCUCGCCGGAGAAAUGUAAACCGGUGGACCGAAGAGGGCCGACCAUCCUCCACUGGCUCAUCGGGGUCCAGUACCGUCUCUCCUGCUGUGACCUGCUCCACGGCAUGAAAGGAAAACUAAGCGUUUUCUCUCUGGGCAGGUUUACCUGUAGCUAAGAGAGUUUGAGAUUUUUAAUCAAGGGUGUUUUUAUAUAGAAAUCAAAAGCAUAUGAAACCAAAGAUGAAGU